AUGACCCAUAGCAUUGCCGACUUUCCCAAUCAAUAUUUGGAGCAGCCCCCCGCCGAGCCAACCGAUGAGGACAACCCGGCACCUUGGCUGAAAAUGGUGGGUCAGGAGAAGGCCUCAUCUGAGGCAGUCACAGAGGAGGAGGUAAUCUUUGCGAAUAAGUGUGACUGCUCGAUUCCAGAAAACAUGAAGCUUGAGCACCUCUCCAAGCAGAUUGCCAUCUGGAAACGGCUUGAGAAGUUCGCCAGAGAGAAUCACCGCUUCCUGACUCUGAGCCUAUAUCGGGAAAAGCAGGCUCAACGGAGAUCACCAUUUGUCGGGCUGAUAGGAUUGAUGGAGAAGCAAGCGAAGGAAGCAGAGGAGAUGCAUGAGAUGGUGCAUCGGAAGUUGAUGAUUAGGAUGGAGCACAAGGAGUAUAUCAGGAAGAAACUCGAACUUGGGGCAGAGAAUGAAAAAGAGCCUGUUUCGCAUGGUCCAACAUAG